AUGAUGUUAAGGGGAAACCUGAAGCAGGUUCGCAUUGAGAAAAACCCGGCUCGCCUGCGUGCUCUCGAGUCGGCGGCGGGCGAGAGCGAGCCUGCGGCCGCCAUGGCCCUCUCUCUGGCCGGGGAGCCGGCGCCCCCCGCGCCCGCGCCCGCGGGGGAGCGCCCGGAGGAGGAGGCGGGCUUCACCAUCGACAUCAAGAGCUUCCUCAAGCCGGGCGAGAAGACUUACACGCAGCGCUGCCGCCUCUUUGUGGGCAACCUGCCCACGGACAUCACGGAGGAGGACUUCAAGCGGCUUUUCGAGCGCUACGGCGAGCCCAGCGAGGUCUUCAUCAACCGCGACCGCGGCUUCGGCUUCAUCCGCCUGGAAUCCAGAACACUGGCUGAAAUUGCAAAAGCAGAGCUGGAUGGCACCAUUUUGAAGAGCAGACCUCUCCGAAUUCGUUUUGCUACACAUGGAGCAGCCCUGACUGUCAAGAACCUUUCUCCAGUUGUUUCCAAUGAGCUUCUAGAGCAAGCAUUUUCCCAGUUUGGUCCAGUAGAGAAAGCGGUUGUGGUUGUGGAUGAUCGCGGUAGAGCUACUGGAAAAGGUUUUGUAGAAUUUGCAGCGAAACCUCCUGCACGAAAGGCUCUGGAAAGGUGUGGUGAUGGGGCAUUCUUGCUAACAACGACCCCACGUCCCGUCAUUGUGGAACCAAUGGAGCAGUUUGAUGAUGAAGAUGGCUUGCCAGAGAAGCUAAUGCAGAAAACUCAACAAUAUCAUAAGGAAAGAGAACAGCCACCACGUUUUGCUCAGCCUGGGACGUUUGAAUUUGAGUAUGCAUCUAGAUGGAAGGCUCUUGAUGAAAUGGAGAAGCAGCAGCGUGAGCAGGUCGACAGAAACAUCAGAGAAGCCAAAGAGAAGCUGGAGGCAGAAAUGGAAGCAGCCAGGCAUGAGCACCAGUUGAUGUUGAUGAGACAAGAUUUAAUGAGGCGUCAAGAAGAACUCAGACGCCUGGAAGAACUCAGAAACCAAGAGCUGCAAAAACGGAAGCAGAUACAACUGAGACAUGAAGAAGAACAUCGUCGUCGUGAGGAAGAAAUGAUUCGACAUAGAGAACAGGAAGAACUGAGGCGACAGCAAGAGGGCUUUAAGCCAAAUUAUAUGGAAAAUGAUGGAAUAACACAUGGAUGA